UAUAAUAAGGCUAAAUUAAAUAUUAGAGUUACUAUUAAAGAUAAAUAUAAUAGGAAAAAACAAAUUAGAGCUUUAAUGCCUAACCUUAUAUACUCUCUAGAUAGAAGUUCUUUAAGUUUAUUAACUAUUAAGUUCUUUAAACUAUAUAAAGUAGCACAAUUCUAUACAGUUUAUAAUUGUUUUAGGACUACUAUAGAUAAAGUAGAAUCCUCGAAGGUUUUACGAGCUUCUAUCUAUACUGAAAUAUAUUUAGAUAGUAAAUAUCUAGAACGAUUUGAUAAAUCUAUAUUAGAUAGUGUAGAAAAUGCUAUAGGAAAUAUUCUAGAUAGGAAAAAAAAAGAACGGUUAUUAUAG